GCAUCCAAAUGGGGAAGAUUACGUUUUACGAGGAGAAGAAGUUCCAGGGUCGCUGCUACAACUGCAGCAGCGACUGCGCCGACUUGCACACAUACUUCAGCCAGUGCAACUCCAUCCGGGUGGAGAGCGGAGUGUGGGUGAUUUACGAGAAGCCCAACUACAAAGGACACCAGUAUGUGCUGUACCCCGGCGAGUACACUGACAACCAGCAGUGGAUGGCCUUCAGCGACAGCGUCAGAUCCUGCCGCUCCGUGAAGAAUGUAAGACGCCACGCCGGCUCGUUUCUGAGACUGUACGAGCGACCCGAGUUCGGCGGGCAGAUGGUGGAGUGGACCGAGGACUGCCCCUCCGUGUUCGACUCCUUUAAGUUCCGCGAGGUUUACUCCUGUGUGGUCACUCACGGCGCCUGGGUUUUCUACGAGCUGCCCAACUACAGGGGUCACCAGUACUUCCUGGAGCGUGGCGAGUACCGCCAGCACGACGACUGGGGUGCAGCUUCACCCGGCGUGGGCUCCUUCCGCAGGAUCACCGAGUAUUGACCCGGCUCCGGCCUUCCUCGACAUUCGACCGGAGCUUGAGGAGAGAUCAUUCUGUACAUUGAUACUGAUGAGCAAUAAACAAG